CUCAUUCUACCUAUUUGACGACGUCGAACGGUUCUCGCCAUUUUCGAGAGUUAUCGAGAAAGCCCGAUUUCAAUCCAUUUCCACUUGAUUCCAGCGUCUGUGCCUUCCUUGUUUUGGUUUCGCAGUCGUUCAGGAAAUCGGAUGUAUACCGACGGAUUCAACAGACGCGUGGCGGGGGACGCGAAGUGACCAACAAGGGAUAAAUCGACCUACUGAUUUCGAUUUGGAGUGAGGGAGGGAGAGAUGGCUGGCGACGGUGUGAAGUGGGAAGGUUUGCUCAGAUGGAGCCUCUCACAAGCCGAUGGAACUCAGCCCAAGAGGGUUCUUAGCGAUGAGGAACGGAGGUGGUUCAUGGAAGCCAUGACGGCAAACUCUGUGGAUGUUAUCAAGAGAAUGAAGGAGAUCACAGAAGUGAUGAAGACUCCGCAGGAUGUUUUGGAGGCUCACGGCGUCACUACUGCGGAUAUUGAAGGCAUGCUUGAAGAACUGCAAGAACAUGUGGAAUCAAUUGAUAUGGCCAAUGAUUUGCACUCAAUUGGUGGUCUACUUCCUCUACUCGGAUAUCUGAGGAACUCCAAUGCCAGCAUCCGAGCUAAAGCUGCGGAUGUUGUAACUACCAUCGUACAGAACAAUCCCAAGAGCCAACAACUGGUAAUGGAUGCAAGCGGAUUGGAUCCUCUGCUCUGUAAUCUUUCUUCCGAUUCUGAUGUAACAGCUCGCUCUAAGGCUCUCGGAGCAAUAUCUUCCUUGAUUCGAAACAACAAAACUGGAAUGAAUGCAUUUAAAUUGGCUAAUGGUUAUGCGGCACUUAGAGAUGCCCUGAGAUCAGAUGAUGCCAGGUUUCAGAGGAAGGCUCUCAACCUGAUCCAAUAUCUUCUUCAAGAAAGCACGUCGGACUGCACCACUGCUAUGGAGCUUGGUCUUCCAAGGCUCAUGGUGCACCUGGCCUCAAGUGACAAUGCCGGCGUGCGGGAGGCUGCACUUGGCGCUCUCCUGGAGCUGGCUCAGAACCCAGCCUUAAAAGGUUCCAGUUCUUUUGACAAGGAAGAUAAGCUAAAGCAGAUCCUCCAAAAGCGCAUGGACGGAAUCAGUUAUAUGGAAGAAGAGGAGCUGGGCGCUGCGAGGGAGGAGAGGCAACUGCUGGACUCUCUAUGGAGUGCAUUCUAUAAGGAGCCAUCUUCACUUCGGGAGAAGGGUCUUGUGGUUCUUGCUGAAGAGGAGAACCCACAGCCCCCACCUGAUGUGGCUGGGGAUCCGCCGCUGCGUGCAUGGGCCGCAAAUAACCCCACCCGGCCUCCGGUUCCGGCGGGAGCAGAGAAAAAGAGCGAGAGUCCGUUGCUACUGGGCCCUGGGCCUUCAGCAUAGCGGAGGUCUGUGUUCUUUGCUAUUUACUGAAUUUUAUCAUGCACUUGUCCUGGACUAUUAAACAAUCAAUAGAUGGUGGAAGGGUAGGAAUGCCUAGCUAAUUGAAAUGUUACAUUCGCGUUUCUAUUUUCGUUCAAUUUUAUUUUACUUGGCUUUUUUUUCU